CCUCUGGUUUGCUUGGUUGCCGCCGUCUCCUUGUACUUCUUCCCGAGCAUGAGCCGCGUGACGACGUACGACCAAGGCCGCAUUGUUCAUGUCGGCGCCUCGGGCGACCAGGUUGGUGCUGCCGUGGGCCAGCUCGUCGCCGACCUCAGCAAGGCCUCGAUCGCUGCGUCUGGUCGCUUCACGCUUGCGCUCUCGGGCGGCUCGCUGCCCAAGAUUCUUGAGAAGGGCCUCGCGUCACUCAAGGGCGACCUCGACUUCUCCAAGUGGCACGUCUUCUUCGCCGACGAGCGCUGCGUGCCGCUCGAGCACUCGGACAGCAACUACUUGGCAUGCCACGACGCCUUCUUCCAGCACGUCCCGAUUCCCCGUGCGCAGAUCCACACGAUCGUUUUGGACAGCGACCCGGCCGUCGUCGCCACCGAGUACACGCGCCAGCUCGCAAGCCUUUGGGGUUCCACGCUGCCGCGCUUUGACUUGAUCUUGCUCGGUAUGGGCCCCGAUGGCCACACAUGCUCGCUCUUCCCGGGCCAUCCGCUUUUGAACGAAGAGUCGCUGUGGGUCGCGCCGAUCUCGGACUCGCCUAAGCCGCCGCCGCAGCGCAUCACGCUCACGUACCCCGUUGUUAACAACGCGGCGGCUGUUGCGUUUGUCGCGACGGGCGACAGCAAGGCGCCCCUCAUGCGCCACAUGCUCGGCCUCGAGAUCCAGACGCCGUCGCUGCCUGCCGCGCGCAUCUUGCCGACGAACGGCCAGCUCCACUGGUUCCUCGACGACGCCGCGGCGUCCAAGCUCUAGGAACACUCCACUCAACGCACGUGUAUUCCAUUAAAUAGCCAUCUCUCGAAUCUUG